AUGCCUGCCGCCGCCACUGCCCCCGAAACCAUCACGCCCUCGACCGAGCGGCACCUGCCUACGAAGCAGAACCCCUUGAUGAUCGAUGACAUCCCGCCUUACCAGGAUCUCGUGUCGCGUCGCCGCCUUGGCCAGACCCAGUUGACGGCCAAGAUGGUGAACCAGGUGGACGGUGAUUCGACAUCCCUUGGAGUCUUCGACUACGCCCACCUCCGCGCCCCCGUGCCGAAGGGCAUUGUUUCGGGCAUCUUCAAGUCGAGCCCCAACAGUUACUUCCUGAUGCGCCGGAGCCACGACGGCUACGUUUCCGCCACGGGCAUGUUCAAGGCCACGUACCCGUACGCCGAGGCUCACGAGGAGGAGACGGAGCGCCGCUACAUCAAGUCUCUCCCGUCUACCAGCCCCGAGGAGACGGCGGGCAACGUCUGGAUCCCUCCCGACCAUGCCCUCUCCCUCGCUGAGGAGUACGGCGUGCUGCCCUGGAUCCAGGCCCUGCUGGAUCCCGCAACUAUUGCCAUGACCCAACAGCCCGACAGUCCUCCCAAGAAGAUUGCCGCUCCUCCCAAGUUUGAGGUCAAGAAGGCCCCGCAGCCCCAGCUGGCUCCUCCCACGCCGCCGCGCAGCAUGCGUCUCCGCCGCUCCGCCAGUCCCACAAAGUCUGCAGCUCCUGCUCCUCGCCCGGGGAAGACACCUCGCAAGCGCAAGGUCAAGUCCGAGAGGACUAGGUUGCCGAGUCUUGCGGCGGAAACGACGACGAGAACAAUCGAGUUUGAGCCCGCCGUCGUCUUGCAAGCACAGGAUGAGGGACAAAAGGUCAAGGUGGUCGUCGAGCAGGAUGUCAAGAUCGACGAGGAAGGUCACGAGGCCAAGCACCCCACAGUGGCGCUUGAGCUGCCGCUCUCCAGCACCGAGCCCCCGACAGCCGAAGAGACGGCGCGCAUGAUCGCCGAGGCCAAGUCGAUGGUCGAAGCUGCGACUGCCACAAAGACGACCGACGCGGCCGACGCCGACGGCGAUGUCGACGUCGAGAGCGAAGAGAAGGAGCCGGUUGAGCUGGUCAAGUCCAAGCGCAAGGCAGAGGACAUCACAGCAGCGGAGGAGGAGGAGGAGGGCCCAGAGUCGAGCGAGCGCAGCAGCAAGCGGACCAAGCCGAACGUGCAACUCAAGAAGGAACGCGUGCGGAACCGAGCGCUGCUCGGAAUCAGUGCCACUCUGGCCGUCGGUGCAAUUGUUCCCUUCCUUAUGGGGGUGUUCUAA